AUGGACCUCUUUCGAGCACGUCUCAAUUGCAUUGAUCAUUAUCAAGCUACACCAACUCAGUUUGAUCCUCAACUGAAACGAAAUGUUCAAUCUUCUGAGCUUCACAAAGAGCCAAAAGUACCUGUCAUUAGGAUUUUUGGCUCAACGGAAACUGGCCAGAAGGUUUGCGCGCAUAUUCAUGGGGCAUUUCCUUAUUUAUACAUCGAAUAUGAUGGUACCAUCACUUCUGAUGAAGUUGGAAGCUACAUUCACCGACUUCAUCUUUCAAUUGACCAUGCCUUGGCUGUAAGCUACCGGCGCAAUUCACAUGAUGGGAAUGCAAAAUUCGUCGCACGCAUUACCUUGAUAAAAGCGAUCCCAUUCUAUGGAUUCCAUGUCGGAUAUCGCUUCUAUCUUAAGAUUUAUAUGCUGAACCCCAUGGUAAUGACACGUCUUGCAGACCUUUUAAGGCAAGGUACCAUUAUGAAGCGAAUUUUCCAGCCAUAUGAAGCACAUCUUCAGUUUCUUCUCCAGUGGAUGGCUGACUACAAUUUAUAUGGAUGUGGAUAUAUCGAUUGCAACAAGACCACAUUUCGAAGUCCGGUGCCUCUAUACGAGGAAAUAUCGUCGUCAAUGCAUCUUUGGCAUGACCGUUCGAUACCUGAUCAUUUUAUGACGAAUGACACAUUCCUACCCAGGGUUAGCCAAUGUUCCUUGGAGGUUGAUAUUUGCGUACAAAAUAUUCUCAACAGGCGGGAUGUAAAGCCACGUCCUCUUCACCAUGACUUCGCUCAGAACCUUGGUCCCUUGACCUCAGACGAAAAGUUAGUACAGAGUAUGGCAGGCCUUUGGAAAGAUGAAACCCGUCGUCGAAAAUCUAAAAUGCCAAAUGCACCGGCUGGUAGCAGUCCAUUCUCUGCCGAGGUAAUGUUUUCAAUGUCAGCAGACCCUCGAAAUUCCCAGACCGGUGGAUGGAUGCAUGAAAGUGAGUACAGGGAAAUGGUCAAGACGUUGAUUCAAGAGGAACAGGAUAAAGGCGGCACUUCAAAACCCUCAUUCCAUGACUUUGUAAAACCAAAACUCUUCGAGUCUGCUGUUAGGACCAGUCUUGAGUCUGUAGAAGACUUAUAUCCAGAGAAUCUUCGUCUGGCAUUUGAAUCAGUGUCUGAGGAGAAGAAGCAUCAUUUUUUGCACGAUGGUAAGGGAGAACGAGAGGUUGACGAAAAUCGCAUUGUUGAACUUGCAAUGGAUCAAGAUGGCACCGACGACAUUUACGAUUCCGAUGAAGAUGUUAUGAGAGAAAUUGAGCUCUCUCAAAAGCGUAAACAGGAUCGUGUCGACGAAAAAACGUCAGAACCCCAAACCGCUGCGACUUUAAAUGACGAACUUUGUGACGGCCCUAUUUUGUCAGUUGAGUUGCAAGAGGAUCAAACUGAAGAAGGUGAUGAUCGUCGAAAAUGCGCAGACACUCUAGGGAUUGUCGGCACGGAAAAUGAGUCGUACUUCAGAUCCGCACAAAUCAGUCGUUUGGCCAGUCAGAUUGAUUUUGAUCAUGCUAGCAGUCACGAUCAUAGAGGCCAAGUGCCCAACUACAUCGAACCUGGUUCUAAAAGAGCACAAUCACAGGGAGACUGCCCGGAUACGAAACGGCGGAAGAAAAGCAAGAUUCCCACGGUCGAAGAGCCCGAUGCUACCAAACACAGACCGGAUCAAGUUGCUGGCAGGGUUCAGCCUUCAUUACAAUCGUCUCACACAUCACCCAUAGGGCGGAAAAGCGACUACGCUGAGCAGCGAACCAACUUGGAGCUUAGGGCAUCUAGUGCUAAGUUUUCCUCUCAGGACUCGCUCAAUCUUCAUGUGAACAAUGAUCCGCACGAUAUCAGCACGACAUUGAGGCACAGCCAGUGUUCUGGAGACGUAGAUACUUCUACGGCCAGGAAGAGCGUUUCUUUGCUAGCUGUCUCAACAUCACCCGCAGACAAAUUUGAUAAGGUAAUGGACAUGUCAGACUCCACAACGAUGCCAAGUAUGACUCAAAAGAAAGAGGACAAGCUUCUUAAAGAAAUCAAAGAUCGUUUUGGAAGUAGCACUAAGUCUUUGGUGCUAGCACAUCAUCAACCUCCCCCAUCAGCCCAUUUUGUUUCUUCAACAAUGUCAAACUUCAGUCUGCCCCCUAUAAUUUAUCAAGAUGCUUUCUAUAGCAACGAAGAAGAUGUUCCUGAGCGUCCCAGAGAAUGGGCAGGUAGGAAAUUCAAGCUUGGAAGCACGAGUGUAUCAUUCCUUCCCGACUUUGACCCAACUGCAACCUCAAACGCAACCCAUGGGAUCAGAACUGUUGUUCUCCCGGACAGGACCAAGAGCGAGGAAGCUUAUAAUCAUCGACGUCGCGAGUGCAGCCUUAGGGUUUGGACUUUUGCGGAAACACCGCCUAGUUAUGCGGAAGUGCACGAAUGGGCUCACAACGAGAACUUACCGAUGAAAAAGAAAAUCGCAAAGCCAAAAAGGGGCGCAACUUCAUUCAGCAAUUCUACAAAGGGGCCAAAGCUUUCUCAAAUCGACGGUCCAACUCAAAAGAAUAAGCAUGGUUUCAAGUAUACACAAAACGAAAAGACCGUUAGUAUUCAGCGUGAGGCUCAAUACAUGAGCGUCAUGAGUCUGGAGGUUCAUGUCAACACACGAGGAGAUUUUGUUCCUAAUCCCGAAGAGGAUGAGAUUCAAUGUAUCUUCUUCUGCCUUCAGGCGGACGACGAAGGCUUGGAGAGUAGCCCAACACAACUGGGCAUUGUCGUUCUGUCCGCUGAAGAUAACGACAUGUCUGAGAGAAUUUCGAAUCAAGUCUCAUUCGAAGUGCAUGUAGAAUCUUCUGAACUUGAUUUACUUGUCCGCAUGGUAGAGAUUGUUCGCGAGCAUGAUCCAGAUAUCCUGACUGGUUUCGAGGUUCACGGUGGAUCUUGGGGAUAUCUGAUUGAACGAGCAAGAACAAAAUAUGACUACGAUAUUUGUGACGAGUUUUCACGUAUGAAAACCCAAUCUCACGGUCGUUUUGGCAAGGAUAAUGACAAAUGGGGAUUCAACAAUACGUCUACAAUUCGUGUUACGGGUAGACAUAUGAUCAACAUUUGGAGAGCCAUGCGAGCCGAGCUUAACCUCCUUCAGUAUACUUUAGAAAACGUGGCUUUCCAUCUGCUACAUCGACGAAUCCCUCACUAUACAUGGGCUGAUCUAAGGACAUGGUAUACUAAUGGAUCGGCGCGAGAUCUGUCUAAGGUACUCUCGCACUAUGUGUCACGUGUACAACUUGAUCUAGAGAUACUUGAGCAGAACGAAUUGAUCUCACGUACAAGUGAACAAGCACGACUUUUGGGUGUUGAUUUCUUUUCGGUUUUUUCUCGUGGUUCACAAUUCAAGGUCGAAUCUCUGAUGUUUCGCAUUGCAAAACCAGAGAACUUCAUCUUGGUAUCUCCUAGUCGAAAACAAGUGGGAGGCCAAAAUGCCUUAGAGUGUCUUCCCCUUGUCAUGGAGCCUCAAAGUGCCUUCUACAGUGCACCGUUACUAGUGCUCGAUUUUCAAAGCUUGUACCCUAGUGUUAUGAUCGCCUACAAUUAUUGCUAUUCGACGUAUCUUGGAAGAGUGGUGAAUUGGCGAGGUACCAAUAAAAUGGGCUUCAAAGAGUACACACGAGAGGAGAAGCUUUUGGAGUUGCUGAAAGAUCACAUCAAUAUUUCUCCUAAUGGAAUCAUGUAUGUAAAACCAAACAUCCGGAAGUCUCUAUUAGCCAAGAUGCUGGGUGAAAUUCUUGAGACACGAGUUAUGGUGAAGAGUGGGAUGAAGCUUGACAAGGAAGACAAAGCUCUACAACGACUUUUGAACAAUAGACAGCUUGCCUUGAAACUCAUCGCCAAUGUUACCUACGGAUAUACAUCUGCAUCGUUCUCUGGCCGCAUGCCAUGUUCAGAGAUUGCUGAUAGCAUUGUUCAAACUGGUCGGGAGACACUGGAAAAGGCCAUAGCACUUAUACACUCGGUUAAACGCUGGGGUGCAGAAGUAGUGUAUGGAGAUACCGACAGCUUGUUUGUCUACCUCAAGGGUCGCAGCAAAGACGAAGCGUUCGAUAUCGGGAAUGAGAUUGCAAAAACGGUCACUAAUAUGAAUCCGCGGCCUGUCAAGCUCAAGUUUGAAAAGGUGUAUCUUCCCUGCGUGCUCUUAGCUAAGAAGCGAUAUGUAGGCAUGAUGUACGAGAGUAAGUCUCAAACUGAGCCGAACUUCGAUGCAAAAGGUAUCGAGACUGUACGACGUGAUGGCACACCAGCUGAGCAAAAGAUCGAAGAAAAAGCUCUCAAGAUACUCUUUCGCACAGCUGACCUGAGCCGAGUAAAAUCCUACUUUCAAGAACAAUGCGAGAAGAUCAUGAAAGGCUCUGUAUCUAUCCAAGACUUCUGCUUUGCCAGAGAAGUCAAGCUUGGAACAUACAAUGACAAAGUGCCACCACCUCCGGGAGCUCUUAUAAGUACCAAAAAGAUGUUAGAGGAUGCCCGAGCAGAGCCACAGUAUGGCGAGCGAGUUCCAUAUGUGGUCAUCACAGGCGCUCCAGGGGCUCGGUUGAUUGAUCGCUGUGUGGCACCUGAAGAACUUCUCAACAGCGAUCAUAGCGAAUUAGAUGCGGAGUACUAUAUUUCCAAAAAUAUAAUCCCACCCCUGGAACGAAUCUUCAAUCUCAUGGGUGCCAAUGUCAGAAAUUGGUAUGAUGAGAUGCCCAAAGUUCAGCGCGUUCGCCGAAUAGAGAUGAAUUUUGAGCAAGGACAGCUAAAAAAACUAAACAUCAACAGGAAAACACUCGAGUCAUACAUGAAAUCAUCUUCAUGUCUUGUGUGUAGAGAUAAACUUAAGACAGAGGGAUACCUCUGCCCACGAUGUCUCUCAGAUGGCCCUGGGUCGAUGCUUUCUUUGCAGACAAGGCUCAAUGUUGAGGAAAACAAAUUUCUGGAUAUACAAAGAAUUUGUCAGAGCUGUUCUGGCUUAUCUCCACUAGAGGAAGUCAGAUGUGAUAGUAAAGAUUGCCCUGUAUUUUAUACAAGAACAAGGCAGAUGGCGCGACUUAAGACAGAAAGGGCCUUUGUUGUACCAGCUAUGCAGGCUCUAUCGGCAAGUGAUGAAACGGAGGUAGAUUUCACAGAUCUCGAGUGGUAG